UCACUUCCACUUUGGACUCUCUCGUAACGGAAUUUAAAAAUUCUACAGAGCCGAUCUAUAAGUAUACAAGAUCUAUGGUUGUGCCAAAUACGAUUGAUUUCACGUGUUUCGAAUGGAUGAAAUGAUUAGUCAUUUGUUCUUUCAAGUAUAAUUUAAGAAUAAUUCAAAUGUUAGAUUUGGAGAUAAUGAAAAACCAACCUACAAUUAUAUCAUAGCAAACACUCCUCCAAUAAUGUCAACGUAUCAUCUGCUGUCGUGGGGUGCUAAUUCUCACGGACAAUUAGGACAUGGUAUGAAAUCGGAACAAUGUAUCCUUCCACAAGAAAUCGAUUUAUCAUCGUAUUCUUUUAAAGCAGAGGAUAUUCAAAAGAUCGUUGGCGGUGCUGGGCAUUCGUUGAUUUUAAAUAAAAAUGGACACGUUUAUUCCUGCGGAUGGAAUAACAAAGGACAAUUAGGUCAGCCUGAAAAGGAAGAUAAAUUAAAUUUCGAGAGAAUACGCGGAAUAUUAGAAAAUGAAAUCAUUAUUGAUAUCGCUUGUGGGUGGGAUUCUUCCGCAGCAUUGACAAAUCAAGGCAAAUUAUAUAUGUGGGGUUCAAAUAAUUUUGGACAAUUAGGAAUUGAUCCUUUUACGCUCCGUCAUUCUUAUGAACCUAUUGAAACGAUGCCUUGCGAAAAAAUUAAGCGAGUUGCAAUGGGUUUAAGACACACUGCUGUAAUAACCCAAGACCGUCGAAUCUUUGUAUGCGGUGCAGCUGGCAAAGGACAAUUAGGUCUUAAAAAUGAUUCGAAUGAUAAUAUAGACAAGAGAAGCAAACAUAACUUUUAUCCUUUUACUCUUAUUUCAGAAUUGAAAAAUGUAACGGAUGUUUCAUGCGGGCAACAUCAUACUGUGGUAGCCACAGAUAAAGCAGAAAUAUAUGUCUUUGGUGCAAAUAAUUAUGGACAAUUGGGUAUUGAUAAUGAACUUUUUUCAACUAUUUCUUCACCAACAAAAUUAACUAGUGUACAUUUUAAUUUGGCAAUUGAGAUGCAUACAGGAUGGACGCAUACAAUUAUUCUGACUGAUAAUAAGCUCUUUGCUUGGGGCAGAAAUACCUAUGGUCAAUUAGGGAAAGAAAGAACUAUACCUUGGAAGGCAGAUCUAAUAGAAAAUAUACCUAAAAUAUAUCAACUUUCGAUUGGUUCACAGCAUAAUAUAGCUCUUACCGAUGAAAAAACUGUAUUGUGCUGGGGUUGGAACGAGCACGGAAAUUGUGGAACUGGGGACAUUAACGAUGUUCUAUUACCAAAACCCGUUUCAUUACCAUCAAAUUCAGAAGGAAUCUUAAUUGGAACUGGCGCAGGACAUUCAUUCGCUGUAAUAAGGAUAAAAAUUAGAUCGAAGGUAGCAAAAAUGUUGCGCGCAAGAUCUCAUAGUAGCAUUUGCGAACAGGAAGCAAAAUUCGUGAACGAUCGAAUAGCAGGCGUUGAAAAACAUUUCUCCGAAUUGUGUGCGAUAUUCGCGGCGUUUAUCAGAAAAGCAGCAAGAUUGCGAGACAAAAACGACGAAGUUGCAAAAACGAUCCAUACUUAUGCUGAAUCAGAAUUAAUAAAUCGAUCGUUAAAUCACGGCCUUCUAAAUUUGUCCGCCACAUUAUCCGCUAUAGGUGAUUACAGGGAUGCUCAAGUUCAAAGGCUAGAUGCAAAAGUAGUAGCACCAUUAUCUCAGUAUGCAACGAUUUGCAAACACGCGCGCGAUGACGUUAAAAAUACUUUCGCAGCACGCGAUAAGGAGCUUACAAAGAGAAAACAACUGGAUAGAAUUAGAGAAAAAAAUCCAAGAAAUCGACAGAUGAUCUCGCAAGCGGAAUCGGAAUUGAUGAAAGCAGCUGUCGAGGUUUCCAGGGUGAUUAAAGGUUUGGAAGAACAAAUCGAUUCUUUCGAACGACGAAAAUUACACGAUCUAAAGAACAUACUAUUGGAUUUUGUUACGAUCGAAAUGAGUUUUCAUACGAAAGCUAUUGAACUUCUUACUAAGGCGUAUCAGGACAUUGCUGACAUAAACGAGACUAAAGAUCUUGAAGACUUUCAAAGUGCUCGAGGAGAUAUGAAUGGGGAAUUUCGAGAAACUAUGCGCGUACCAGAUUCUAUUACAAGAUUGGAUACUGUUCGAAGAACGUCUUUUCGACAAGCUUAUUCACUUUCAAACUUGGCCAGUCGAUUUACAUCCUCUCCUAUGAUUCCGCAAAAGUCUCUUCGUGAUCGAACAACAGAACUAGCGGACUCGCUGAAAACCGGUUUUACCAAUUCUUCCGAAUCCAUACAAGUGGAAGAAUAUGGAAACAGUUCGGAAGAAACCGAUUCCGAAUCGUUUCAAGAAAAACCACCAGUGAGAACUAGACACAAAUCUAUGUAAGCUUUCACUCAUCUUUCUAAUUGUUUUUAUGUACUUUUUUUAGAUACAAAUACUAAAGAAUUCAAAAAAUAAGAUACGAAAAAAAAUUAUACUCAAGGCAGUACCCCCCUUUCCUGCAUACCAAAAAUCCUUGACAUCCCCAUUAAAGUAUAUACUAUCUUCAAACGUUGUUAAGAAGCAUUAAAUUCUGCUUAAUUAAUAUUUUAUGUUUCUUUUGCUAUGUGGUAGCCGUAUAGAUGUACAUAAUGGCGAAUAACAUUCUAAUAAACUUUUAGAUUUAAUAUUUAUUAUAUUAAGUUUUAAAAGGAAAAUGUAUGAAAGAAUUUGCCUGACAAUUGGCCUUACGAAUUAUCGUAGCAGUACUAACGUAUGUUAUAAAAAUUCAUCCGCAUAAAAAGAAAGUGCAAGUUUAUUCGUAUUGAAAUAAAUGAAUAUAAAUAAAUAUAUGUAUAAUUUGAUAAUUACA